UCCUCUCUCCACAGCAGCGCGUGCAGUGUGAGAAGCAGCAGCACCGAGCCGAGGAGCAGUCGGACACCGCGCGCGCACACACACACACACACAAACACACCAGCACCGCAACGAUACAAGCCGAACGAUGACAUUCACACAGAGACGACACACACCAACAGUUAUUUGACCACUUCCGACACCCCGCACCUUCACCUCGCCGGUCCUUGCUGCAAGAGCCCCGGUCUAACUGUCUGUCCCGCCCUCCUCCCAGCCCAUCAGGCCCUCCAGUCCUACAGCGGGACCAUGAUGCUCAGCAGCUCCGUGGAGGUGCCCAGCCCUGUCGGGAUGAGCGGCCUCAGCGGGCUGAGCGCGGCGGCCCGGAACGUGGUGCGCUCCUCCAGCAUCUCGGGGGCCAUGUGCAACCUGGAGAAGAGUCCCAGCAGCGGAGGCCCUGACUCCACGUCUUUGGCCGGCAACAAGAAGCGGCGCUCCAGUCUGGGCGCCAAGAUGGUGGCCAUCGUGGGGUUGUCGCAGUGGAGCAAGAGCACGCAGCAGCUCAACCAGCAAGAAGGCGGGACGAAGAAGCUCCGCAGCACCAUCCGACGAAGCACGGAGACCGGCAUCGCCGUGGAGAUGAGGAACCGAGUGACACGGCAGGGCAGCAAGGACUCAACCGACGGCAGCACCAACUCCAACAGCUCUGACGGAACGUUUGUCUUCCCUACCACGCGCCUGGGGCCCGAGAGUCAGUUCAGUGACUUCCUGGAUGGACUCGGUCCCGCUCAGAUCGUAGGCCGGCAAACACUAGCUACACCCCCCAUGGGGGAUGUCCAUGUAGGCAUGGUGGACAGAGGAGGGCAGCUGGAGGUGGAGGUCAACCAGGCCAGAGGGUUGAUCCCUAAACCCGGCUCCAAGAACAUCCCAACGACAUAUGUAAAGGUGUAUGUCCUGCAGAAUGGAGCGUGCUUGGCCAAGAAGAAAACCAAAGUAGUGAAGAAGAAUCUGGACCCCACCUACCAGCAGGCUCUGUUGUUUGAUGAGAGUCCUCAGGGCAAGGUCCUACAGGUAAUAGUGUGGGGGGAUUACGGGCGUAUGGACCACAAGUGCUUCAUGGGAAUGGCCCAGAUCCUCCUGGAGGACUUGGACCUGUCUGCCACAGUCAGUGGCUGGUACAAGCUCUUCCCUACCUCCUCCUUGGCAGACCCCUGCAUCGGACCCCUCACCAGACGCCUCUCCCAGUCCUCCCUGGAGAGCGCCACCAGCCCCUCAUGCACCUAGACACCCCAGUAUAACCCCUCCCCCACAUGCACGGGCACAGGCAGAGUCAUGCAGACACGGACACACGUACUGUAUAUACACAACUACUGUAUUUGAAGUGCAAGACAGGUAGGCAUACACAUAUAUACCCAUCUGCACAUAAUAACUGAUCUCAUCGACAUGAACACACACACUGACACGCUGACAUUCCACUUUUUUGCCAUAUUCUCCACAUUAUCAGUAUUUUUAGAUGAUCUCAGUUGAACAAAACUAAUUUACCAGAAACAUGUAGCAUUUUUUCACCCAUGUCAUUUCAACAUUUCUCACCAUGACACAACAAACCACCGGAUGCCAUGUUCUGCAUUCCUACGUACCAGAUCUCCGUGGCAUGACUCAUCCCAGGGCCACCCCGAUGCCAGUUUCUAAACUCUCUAUGCCAAACUUAAGAAAAAAAAACCUUUAUUUUUUAAAACCAAAGCAAUUGUUAUUGUUGUUAUUCCUAUAAGUAGUAGGUGAAGUAGUAUACAAUAUAAAGUAUGGAUAUGUAGCAGAGUCUAUGACUUAGAUGUAAUGCAAAAAAAAAGAAGAUACAUUCUACACACAUGAGUUGAGAAGAGCAGGUCAAACACAUAAGCAUACCUGGGCAGCAGGCUUGGAUGUUCACAUAAUGGCUAUUAUGUGAGGUAGCAACACUGCUAUUCUAUAAUUUUCACAGGGCAGAGUUUAUAUAUAGAUAUACAUUAUAUAUAAAUAGAUAGAUAAAUACUUAUUUGUGUUUACGUAUGUAUCGGCUGCAUUCUGCAUGUUUGCUUGCAACCCUCGUAGAGACAUUUUAAAAGUGCUUAUCUCUUUUUAUUUAGCUUGCCUUGACCAAUGUAAUGGGAGUAUAGUGCUACUUUACUUUGCGAUCCCUCCCGAAAAGGGUGUGCACCCGAGUUAGGGAGAAGGAUGAUGGGGCUUCGGUGACAGGGAGGGGCGCCAUCAUCGCCAUCUCCAGCAGAGGAGAACAAAUUAGUCGGCCGGCCCACACAUUCGCAGAGGAACAAAUUUCGGAUCCUGCCUUCACCUGGAGAGGGAAGGGCUGUCGUACCUCGAGGCACCCGGGGGUUCUUGUGCUCCACAUUCAGGGGGUGCCACAGUCUCUCUCUCUCUCUCUCUCCCUCCCUCCCUCCCUCCCUCUGUAUACCAGCACCUAGACUUGAACUUUCCCGCUAAUUUCCCCUGUUUUGACGUCAUCUUUUUUGUUUUCUUCGCACUCUUCCUGAUGGACGAAGGAGGCAGGCAGGCUGGCGAGCGUGCCUCAUGCCUCUCUCCGCGUCUGGUCAGAUCACAGCCAGACAUCCAAGCGCAGGCAAAGACACGUACAUGAAUGGUACCACCUACGACCUUUACCUUCUCUUUGGUCACUCCUCUCUGUCACACUGACUGUAACUGAACCUUUUUUAAAUGUAUUUUAAAUCCAGAUGUUUUUUUUUUUUUAUAUCUGACUAUUCACCCCAGUAUUACUUUGCUAGCAGGGUGAUUGUUAACCUGCCAUAUACGGUAGUUUUACUUGUUUCAGGUACAAUAUGUCAAAACUAACCAGUGUUUAAACGUUCUUAUUUUCUAUUUCCAGUCAGGUAGCGUGUGUUUAAAAUGGCACUUUAAUGUAAAUCUUUUUAUUAUGUUUUAAUUAUAAACCUGCAGUGGCUGACCACUUUUUAAAUGAUUUGUUUGAAUUUUGUCACACUGCAUUGAUCAUCUCUGUUUGAAACGAACGCCAGCACGAAAGUGUAACUUAAGUUUAUAAUGAGUCGCAGUAUAAGGGCCAAUUAAAACAGCUGAAACAGGUCAGUAAAGCCUGUUGCAUUGGAUUUUACUGUUGGUUAACGCUUCAAUCUGAGCUGUCAAAGAGAUUCAUUGCAAAGGAAAUACCUGCUUUGAGAAAAAUCUACAUUAAUUCUUAAAGCAACACUGUGUAACUUUACUGAGCAACUGCAACCUCUGCAGCCACACGGGGGGGGGAUAUUCUGUUGGGUUCCAUGUCUGAGUGAUUAAGUUGUUUUUAUGUAAAGAAAAAAAAGUGGAUCAAUGUUUUUGACUGCGUCGUCCCACUCACUGAACUGAAACACUGAGUGGUGGAUAUUACCCAUGAUCCACAGCUUCCUGAACCAGGAAGUAUUCUUCAUAUUUUAACAUUUUCCUUGCGGAAUAUUUCACAUAAAAGCUGGUUCUUAAUAACUUCUAAUUCUCUUCUAACAGUUCGGUAUUACUCUUGGACUUGCUAGGCCUGAUUCUGGCAACUUAAGCUGCAACUAAAAGUCUCUUCCAAACUCAAAUAGAGCAAGAACAGACGUUAAGGGUGAGGAGUGGGAAUUAAGGUGGCACUGUUCUUUCUAGUCCAAGUUAGUGAACCUUCAAACUAAUUUCAAAGCUGCUGUUUUAAGGGGAAAAGUUGCAUAGUGUUGAUUUAAAAUGUGAGUUUUCAAAGGAGAAAUAAAAUGACAGGUUUUGAAAUAGUUCUAACCCACAAAUGUCUUUCUCAACAAAGGUAUCACUGACCUGUUGGCUGUUUUAGUUAAAUGUGCAAUGGUUGAGUCUUCACUGACGGACAAACUGAGCUGUUGCAUUUACUGUUUUCUUUAAGAGUAUUUAUACCUGUCUGUGUUUUGAAUCUGUCUCGAGACCAACACCAAACCUUGUACACGGAUAGAGACAGGAAAGGCUGUCGUGUUUCAGCAACGUCAUGAGAGCUGACAGUCUCAAGCUACACCCUAUGAAAAGCUUUUGUGUGUGUGUGAGUUUUUUAAGAGCUCGCGUUUGGUUUUUAUCGCAACCAUAUAUUCUGUCGUCUGCUAACAACUGUCCUUCCUCUGUUCGUUGUUAGGCAAAAAAGGGAAAGUCCGAGGCAUUUCGUCUUCUCGGCUCCUCAGACCAACAGAAUUCACAUUUCAGCGCUCUUUGAACAUUGGAAAAAGGGGAUCUCUGGUAUUCUUGAAUAUUUUGGGGGUGAGCGUGAUGGUCAUUUUAGACCCCCCCCCAUCACGUAUAUAACCUUUUAUUUUUCUUAAAAGAACCAACAAAGUCUGGGUUCCAAUUUCCUUGCUGGAUCUGUACUUGUAUGGUCAUGUAUAUGAAGUAAUUUCAUGUACCUUAUUGAUUUGUAUUGAUCUAUUUUUCUGUGGACAGCUGGCAUGAUGUAAAAAUCAGGACUUAUACUCUUGGUAUUUGCCCACACUCUCUUCGGUGCGCAGAUUUUGUGAUCACAAAAAGAAGGGUUGGAAAUGGAAAGAACAUAACGUUUAAAAAUACCUAAAAGUAAUUUUUAAACCUGUAGAACAUCUCUGCUCAAUGUUUAGUCCUUGGAAAGCUAUGAAAAAACUGUCGAUAUUUUUUGCAAUGUGAUUUCUGAAGCUUGUACGAGACCGUCUGUGUCCCUUUGCUGUGUCGGGUAACCCCAAGAAACACUCUCAGAUCUGGUUAUAGGAGAAGGGACGAUUCAAAGUGAUGUAUAAUUAUCCUAUGAGAGGUGUAUUUAUAGACAGCGGAUCUGCCAAAUUUCGUCCAGAUCCUUUUUUUAUCCCUGCAACCAAAAGGACAAGUUGAAAUAUUGCCUUUUCUUCUAAGUGUAGUGUGGGUGUAGUGAAGUGUAGAUCUUUUGCAUAUAUGCAUAAUGAGCAGCGAGCCAGCAACAUGUGAGCGAGAGAUUUAAAAAGUGUAGAUAUUUAUUUAGGAGAAGAUAUGAGCAUUACAUCAUUAUUAUCUUUUUAUGGCAUUUAACAUAGAUUAGAAAAUUGACUAUAACAUUUUAUCACAACAUGGUCAUACACUUAAAAUAAACUUACUACAAUUGGUAACACAUUUAAAUUAUUAAUUUCAAAUUAAAGUUAUCAAUUGUGUUUAUAUAACCUGUUAACCUUAAUUUGAACAAACCUAAUUCAUUUCUGUAGCUGUGCCUCACUGAAGUUGGUGUCUUUUCAGUGUAACACUUGUGCUGCACAUACUCUACUGUUUUGAGUGAGUUAAAGAACUGUAGGUGGUUGGAGAGUUUUCAUUGUAGCUAAAUGAUGCUUAGGUAUUUUUAUUUUAUUUCAAAUGGGAAGGUAGAUGCACGAAAGCAGGUUGGUUGAUGGUCUGAAGCGUUCGGAGCAGUUUAUUGGAGCACGUAGAGCUCGGCACAGUUGGAUUCAGCUCGAGUUUAAACGUGGCUCAGCUGAGAUUUGAAUGUAAAAGUCUGGAUGAUGUUUGGAAUGUAAAACCCACAACACUCGCUUGUCCCCCGUAAAGACCCACAUCGAACAUUCCUUUCAGUCCCGAGUGCAAAACUUAACUAAUGCAUCUUCAAUCAACCCCCCGAGUCGUCUCUUGAGCGCUAUGUCGAAGAUGUAUUUUAUUUUUGUAAGAAGAGUGGUAUUAUUCGGAGAACGUAGGAAGAAGAGUCGGGAGAGGCGCUGCGGGCAAAACCUGCCUUUAGACUUUAGGGGAAAAUGAGGGCUUGUCAGUUUACAAUGGCCUUACUUUGUGUAGGAGACAUUGCUUCACUAUUGUAGCACACAACUGAAAGUUUUGACAAAUGUAUUUUGCUUGAACUAUUGUACUGAAGUUAUAUAUCUGUGUAUAUGUAUAGUUUUACGAAUGUAUUUCUUAAUCCUUACACCAGAGCUGAGUAUAAUUUUAAUAGUUUUUUCGUCAUCUUUCUUUGCUAUACUGUCUCUUCGAAGUCUUUCCAGGGGACGUCACCUGCGUCUGUUCAGGCAGCCCCCUCCCCUCUUACUUGUACUGCACUGUUUAAGUCUUAUUCUCUGCGUGUUCAUUUAAAGAGAGCAGCUCUGAGGUUGAAACGAGCAUGACUUCUGUCUGGCGAAAUGCAUUUCCUUUAUUUAUUUAAAUCGCCACAACGGGUUUCGAGUAAAAAAAAAAAAAAGGGAUUGCUGCCCCCCCCCCCGCACCGAUAACUUAUUGACUAAUCUAUCGAUCAGAUGGAGCUGGUCUGAUUUUUGUACUUUGAACUAGAAAAUGUUUGCCGCAUGGUUCCUCUGAUGAUUUUCUUGUAUUUAAUCUUCCCGAUGGUAUGAUAACGAUGAUUAAUAAUUCAGAUAAUAACAUGUAACACGACAACAAGGAUGAUGAUGAUGUUAGUUUGACCCAGUAUCACGUUAUUAGAGAAUCCAAAUGUCAUGCAAAACAAAUAUGCUGUAUCUUUAAGUAGCAUGGACUUUAGCCUAGUUCUUCUGGCAAUAACCAUCGGCUGUGGCCCCCUCACUGUUUGCUGGGGGCCCCUCACUCUUGUCUUCAGCCUCUUUCUGGUUCCUUAUAGAGCUGGUGAUGUGGUGCCACUGUCGGCUGAGGACAAAGAGGAUAUUCGCUCAAAUCACAUUUGCAAGCACCACAAGCAAUUCAGACUCAACAGAGCAUGCAAUGCAUUAUGAAUAAUAACUUGCUAUUCCUAUGAUAGUUCCCAUGAGCUUCAAUUUAUAUAUUUCUUUAAAUUUUUCUAAUGAAGCAUGCAUUCCAAAUGUCUGUUUACCAAUGUAGCAGGUGUCGCAGAGAACAAAAACAGACAUCACUGCUGAGUUGUGGGACAAAUUGGGAGUUUUUAGCCGCUGAAUACGUCGGGUUUGUCUUCAUCCGCGUCUCUACAUGUCGGUGAUCACAGCACAAGCUUCCUGAGUAGCCAUUCUGUUCUUUUAGAUGUCUGUCAGACGACAUGAAGGCCACUGUAGCGUCCCCCUCCCCACUGUCAAGACAACCUUUAUCUUAUCAAGCCCAGCAAAGCACAACAUUGAUAUGGAUCCCCCAACAAGUCAGUCUCCGAAGGGUUUUGAUUAUAUUUAAUGCACUGCCAUUAUAUUUCCAAGCACACAAAAGGAGAUUGAUACCUUGGAAUCCAAUGUAAAGACAGAAGGAAGCGUCAAAACAUUUGCUGGUGUUGGUAGAUGAAUGGUUGUCUUUUCUUAACUGGCCUUAACCUUUCCACUGCGGAGUGUUCAGAGUACGUUUCAAAGGGCAAAGUGUAGCAGACUGUCUGAGGAGAAGUUGUUGCUGUUUAUGGCAAAGAAGAAAAAAAGGGAGCUGUAAUUUUAUACCUGUGCUUUGUAAAUGUUUUCUAUGUGCAGUAUUUGAUAAUGUAAAACUGGUAUUUUUGUGGUUUGUACGCUGCAGAAUUGAUUACUUAAGGUGCACGUAGUUUUGUAAGAAAAUGGAACCAAACUGAGGAAAAAGGAAAACAAACAAAAAAAGAACAAUUUUGGAUUCAGAAGCCUGUAUCUGCAUGCCCUUUGACAUCUGGACGCAAAGUCAAUAAAGUUUAUUUGAAUCACAAAA